UUUAUUUAAAGAUUUAUUAAUAUUUUUUUAAAUUUGCGGCAUAUUUAAAUUUAUAAUGAAAAAUUAUGGGAUUUGUUCGCAUGCAUGCUCCAAUUCAUAUUCCAAUUUGCUCCAAUGCUCCAACUGUUUCCCAAUGUUUAAUAUGCCAGUUUCCUUUCCACUGCAUGCCUAUUGAUAAUUAUUGAUCCAUUCUACAUGUCGAUGGUAUGCACGUGUUUUUGUUGGUUAAUGUUGAUAAGUAUCUAGAAAUUUAAAUUGACAGUGCCGAAAAGAUGGGUAAAGCGAAGAAGCUCAAGGUUUCUAAAGGCGAAACUAAAGAGUCGAAGAUAGCUUUAGCGGAUCAAAUAGAACAGGAAAAAACUGUAAAGUUGAAAAACAGACAGAAAGUCAGACAUCGGGCCGACGAAGAAGAGUACGUAGACCCAGCUCUGACGAAUAAGAUCUUGUCGCAAGCCAGGCAGCAGCAACUGGAGAUCGAGGCCGAGAUUAGCGGCAGCGAUCCCAAACGCGCGAGGAAGCCGACGGUGAAGCUUGGCUCCGGUCUCAGCGACGACGAGGAUCGUUCUAGCGAUGAUGACGAGCCGGUGGAAAAUGUACACUAUUACGAGAACAUUGAGAUCGACGAGGCGGAUGAGCGGGCAUUGCAGAUGUUUAUGUCGAAGGACCCGGUGCCCACGAGGACACUAGCCGAUAUAAUAAUGGAAAAGCUCACGGAGAAGAAAACCGAAAUCGAGACGCAAUUCUCCGAUGUUAGGAGCAUUCAGCUGCAGGAUCUGGAUCCACGGGUGAGAGCGAUGUACGAGGGGGUCAGGGACGUCUUGGCCAAGUAUCGCAGUGGUAAGCUGCCGAAGGCUUUCAAGAUUGUGCCUGCCUUGAGGAACUGGGAGCAAAUUCUCUAUAUCACUGAUCCACCAAAAUGGUCCGCCGCCGCCAUGUAUCAGGCGACCAGGAUAUUCGCGUCGAACUUAAAGGAGAAUAUGGCCCAGAGGUUCUAUAACCUAGUGUUACUGCCGCGUAUCAGGGACGACCUCGCGGAAUACAAGAGAUUGAACUUCCACUUGUACCAGGCGCUCAGGAAGGCGCUAUUCAAGCCGGCCGCAUUCAUGAAGGGAAUCAUUCUGCCACUCCUGGAGUCGGGAACGUGCACGCUUAGAGAAGCGGUUAUCAUCGGGUCUGUGAUUGCAAAAAACUCUAUACCGAUUUUACACUCCUCGGCAGCGAUAUUGAAGAUCGCGGAGAUGGAUUAUACGGGCGCUAACAGCAUCUUCCUCAGAAUAUUUCUGGAUAAGAAAUAUGCGCUUCCAUACAGAGUAGUGGACGGAGUAGUAUUUCACUUUCUUAAGUUCGAAAGAGAUCCAAGAGAAUUGCCAGUACUAUGGCAUCAGGCCCUUUUGACAUUUGUUCAACGAUACAAGAGCGAUAUCAGUUCCGAGCAGAAGGAGGCCUUGCUGGGACUGCUGAGGAAACAAUCGCAUCAUUCAAUCACUCCUGAAAUCAGGAGAGAAUUGCAACACGCAAAAUGUAGAGAUAUAGAAAGUACAGAACCCAAACCAGAACCUAUGGAUAUUAAAGAUACAUAAUACAACAUAUGUAUGUUAAAGCUAUUGUAUCUAUAUAUCUGUAAUUAUAAUUAUAUGAAGCUCGUACCUCAAAUUACAUAUUAGAGAUAGGGAAUUAUAGAUUAAAACAGAAUUCAACCAUUUAGAACAAAACAGUUUAAAAUUGAAGUUAUCUAAUUUUCUUCAAUUUACAAUUCUCAAUUUCCAAUAUGCAAUUUAAUACGAGUUUAGGAGAUAUUACUAGAGAAAAGAUUAGGAACAAAUUGGAAUAUUUUGGCAAAUUAAACGAUUUGUACGAGAUUCGAAUUGCUAUGUAAAAAUACAUCUGUAUUUGGUCCUAUGAUACAUAAUUAAAUAUUUUAGAUAUUUG